CGCUUUGGAAGGAGCAGAGCUGGCAGGAGCUCAUUAUUGUGAGCCGGAAAAGGAGAUGAAAAAGAUCCGGUAGUAUGACACAAAACUGCGGAACUGACUAGCUACCAUUUCCUCUGGGCCGGAUCUCAUGUUUCUAAAUCUUCAUUCACAUCAGAAGGCUUUUGAACGGCAAAGCAGCAGCACGUUGUGGACGAUCACAUUCUGACGUAUCCAACACUUGACUGAGAAGAUGAGGCUUUGUUUUCUCUUCUGUGUUUUCUGUCUGAUGCUUCCCAUGAGCCUCAGUCAGCUGCCGGGUCCCCCUGGUGAGAAAGGUGACAGAGGACUUCCUGGAGUACCUGGACCAUCUGGACCAUCUGGAUUUCCUGGAAGGAAAGGAGAUCCUGGAUUACAUGGAGCACCUGGAAUACCAGGACCACCUGGUGCAAUGGGAGCGCGUGGAAUACCAGGACCAGCUGGACCAUCUGGACCAUCUGGACUAGCUGGACGACCUGGACGACCUGGACCAGUCGCCGUGUGUGGACGAGAGCUCUUUGAUUCUUUCACACGGGAUGCUGAUUUACUGACGAAGAUCACCGCUAAGCUGGACCUUGCUAUAACCUUUGACUUUGUGCGGAAGGUGGGUCAGAAAUACUUUGUGUCCAACAAGGAGAGAGGAUCUUUCCAGAAGGCUGCAGAUUUCUGCCAGCAACAAGGCCUGGAGCUGGCUCUGCCCCAGAGUGAGGAGGAGAACCACAUGCUGCGUCAGCUGAUGGGUCAAGAUGAGAAAAGAGCCUGGAUCAACGUCAACGUGAGAAAAGCAGAAGGGAACUUCCAGUCUGACAUGAAAAAUCGACCUCUGACCUUCACCAAAUGGGGAGAAGGACAGCCGGAUGGAGGCAUUGGGGACAGCGGCUGCAGCAUGGCAGCGGAGGACGGCGCCUGGAGAGUGACAGCAGACUGUUCUCUGGACGCUGACAUCAUCUGUCAGCUGUAGAAAGAUCAUCCAUCAGGCAGCUUGCUGAGUCAUCUAGAUAUGACUUCAGCAUUUUUAUUACUUAAUCCAGAUUAGUGCAUUCAGACUGCUGUCAUCACUCAGUCUUGCUCUGUUUGUCCUGAUGGUGUUCAUCCACAGUCUAAUAAGCUUUUCACAGAUCCUUAUAUAUGACGUAUAUAUGACGUAUAUAUGACAGACAUAUUUAGGUGUUCAUACUUAAUGAAAUUGUUGAAUCUCACAAUGACUUUUUAACAGUGUAUCAAUAGUCAUGAGUGGAACUCAAUGGGAAAUAUUUGUGUGAAACGUACAGUGUAAACUGAUAUUAAGUUUGAUUCUUUAUCAUAAAUAAAGAUUUGACUGACAG